CUCUCUCAACUCGAUCGGCUUCUCUGUGUGCGUGAGACUGAGAGGAUUAAUUACGUGCUUGGCAUGUCUUGCUUUGGCAUGGGGAGCGGUAGUAGCAACACGGGGUGGCCGCUGUCGUCGCCGUCGCCGGCGAGGAGUGGGAGGAGGAGAGGGGUGAAGCCGUGGAGGUGGUGGCGGAGGUGCGCUGGCCUCGCGGCGGCGAUCCACUCCAAGAUCCGUCGCCGUGUCGUCCGGUGGCCUGACCAGGGUGUGCGACGGCGGCGGCGCCCGUCGGUGUCGUCGUCGUUGCGGGAUGGGUGGUGCCAUCACCGGAGCUUCGCGCCGGUCUACAUCGACGAGCUUUACAGCCAUCCCACGACCCACCACGUCGCCGUGCACGAGGUCCAGCUCCAGCAGCAGAGCACCAGCGCCGGCAAGAACGCUAGCGCCACUGCUGCCACGACCACCAUCGCCGGCGCCAACGGCAAGGCGCCGAGGCCCCUCGCCGCAAACAACGGCGCCACUGCUGCCGCGACCAACAACGCCGGCGCCUACAACGUUGCCGGGACGGCGCGCGCGGCCGGCGGCAAGAACGAUGACGCUGCUGCUACGACGACCAUCGCUGCCGCCAACGGCAAGGCGCCGAGGGCCCUCGCCGCCAACAACGGCGCCACUGCUGCCGCGACCAACAACGUUGCCGGGGCGCGUGCGGCCGGCGGCAAGAACGCUGCCGGUGCGGCGAGCAGCAACGGCGGCGGCGGCAAGGCGCGGGGCGGCGUGAGGAGCUUGCUGAUGAGCCCGCUCAGAGGAGGAGUCGCCGGCGGCGGGAUGGGGGAGGUGGACGUGAGGGCGGAGCUGUUCAUACGCAAGUUCAGGGAGGAGAUGAGGCUGCAGAGCCAGAAAUCGGCGGAGGAAUUCCACGCCAUGCUCGCAAGAGGCCUAUGACACACACACAACGAUCAUCUCAUCUCACCUCUUAUUAAUCAUAAUCUAAGCAUGAUUAAUUACAGUGAAUUAGGUAGUUUGGUUUGGGGUUUGGAAGGUUAAGUUUAGGAGCUUAGGUUAGGAGGAGUUCAUGGUUUAUGAUGGCUAAGUUUGGGUUUGGUUUCUUUUCGUGUUGUAAAUACUACAGUAGUAGUUUUAUGUAGGGUUGUUGCAUUUAUUGGUUGCAUGGAUGUAUAUGGUUGGGUGUUCAUCACAAUUUAAAAGAAGAAAAACAGAGAAGAAAAUGUUUAUAGUGUUUUCUGACUUCAUCAGA